AGUCCACCAUUGCCACAUUCUAAAGUUACUGCUAUUAAAGCCUGUGGUUAUACAAUAGUGAAUAAAAUAAUUUUACGAUACAAAGAACCACUUGUGAGCAAACACUAUAGUGAAAUUCGUCUACUUUGGAAGAAGAGUGAUGAACAGUGGCCUCUUGUACAUACUCACCCUUGGAUUCGUGGUGUUCAUGUAAUUGAGCAUUGGCCAAAGAGCCCUUCCAUCACAUCAGACUAUUAUAUUGUGUGGCUUGUUGAUGAAGAUGCAGAAGCAAUUGAAAGUGUUCCCAAUGACGAUGUCAAAAUAGCGAUAACUCUAUUAUUAGAGAAGUUUCUGGCUAAACCUCUUCCUGACCUUUUGGAUGUAAGAAUAAGUAAAUGGACAUCUUCAUAUACUUGUGGUAGCUAUUCUUAUAAUCCUGUACAUUGCCCAUUAUCUGUUAGAGAUGAUCUGUCAUCACCAUUGGAUGGUGUUGCACCUCUUGAAAUACUGUUUGCAGGAGAAGCUACAAGUUGUGAUCAGUAUUCUACCACUCAUGCUGCUUAUGAUACUGGGAUUAGGGAAGCAGAUAGACUCAUCAAAUACUAUCGCCACUAA